CAUAGACGUUUAGGAUGCCGUUAUGCAAGACAAAAACUGUUGAUGAAAGAAUAAAUAGAGGGCAAUGGACACAUAAGAUGGAUUAUAUUUUAUCAGUCAUGGGUUGGAGUGUAGGACUUGGCAACUUGUGGCGAUUUCCAUACGUGUGCAUGAAGAACGGAGGAGGUGCCUUUUUAAUACCAUACAUCGUGUGUCUUGUGACAUUCUCCUUGCCGAUUUUCUUUCUGGAAGCAUCUGUUGGACAGUUUUUAGGGAAAGGAUGUACAAAUGUAUUUAAUGUUUGUCCAUUACUGAAAGGAGUAGGAUAUUCCAUGACAGCAGUUAUCUUCCUUUAUGGUGUCAUUUAUACCAUAAUCAACGCCUGGAUAUUAUAUUAUAUUGGACAUUCUUUUGUCAGUCCCCUACCCUGGACAACCUGUGACAACGAAUGGAAUAGUCCAAACUGUAUUUCGCAUCAAGGGUAUAAAUGUCUGCCAAAAUACCAAAACGUGACCACAAAUGAGAUUGGUGGUGUAAUAAAUUACAAGCAGUACAAUGCAAGUUCUGUGAACACGACUGUUGUUUGUACCACAAAUUUGUCUUGGAUUACGGCACCGGAAGAAUUUUGGAGGGAGAAUGUGCUCCAGAUGUCUUCUGGGAUCGGUGAAUUCGGUACUUUAAACUGGAAGAUGAUGUUGUGUUUAUUUUUGAUCUGGUUAAUUGUCGGGUUGUGUGUUAUCAAAGGUGUUAAAAGCAUUGGCAAGAUAGUCUAUGUGACAGCAAUACUUCCAUACAUACUUCUAUUUAUAUUUUUGGUUCAUGGUCUUACUCUUGACGGUUCAGUUGAUGGCAUAAUAUUCUUCUUUAAACCGGAUUUUUCAAAAGCCUUUACAUUUAAAGUGUGGGUAUCAGCUGCAAUUCAAGUAUUCUAUUCCUUGGGCAUAAGUAAUGGUGCGCUGUAUGCAUUUUCCAGUUUCAAUAAAUUUCACAAUAACACUCUCAGAGAUACGUGUAUACUAACCUUUGUGUGUGAAGGUUCAAGCAUCUUAGCCGGUGCAGUUAUAUUUUCUGUAUUAGGAUAUUUAGCAAAGAAGUAUUCUAUUCCGAUCGAAGAUGUCGUAAAGUCAGGUCCUGGACUCGGUUUUGUUGCGUAUCCAGAGGCUCUAGCACACCUUCCUGGACAAAACAUCUGGACCAUUUUAUUCUUUAUCAUGUUGCUAAGUUUAGCCCUUGAUUCAAGAUUUGGUAGCUUUGAGUGCGUUGUAAUAGCAGCUAUUGACAUAUGGCCUUCUUUGUUGAGGAAAAGAACAAUUGUGAUCAUUGUAUUGUGUGGGUUUUUUGCAUUGUCUGGAAUUAUGUUCUGCUUCCAGGCAGGUAUCUACUUAUUUCAAAUAAUGGACUGGUACUGUUCCUUUUCUCUGCCAUUUAUCGGAAUGAUAGAGUGCAUCGUGUUUGGGUGGAUUUAUGGUACAAAUAAGCUUUCCAAAGAUUUUGAAAUGAUGAAUGGACAAGGAAUUCCGAUAUAUUUCAGGAUAUGUAUUUGUUUUAUUGCACCUUUACUACUUCUGACAAUUUUUAUCAGUGGAAUGGUGAGUUAUAAGGCUCCAACACAUGGUGAUUAUCAGUAUCCGAAUGCAGCUAUUGCAUUCGGAUUUAUAGUAGCAUUGCUACCGUUGAUACCUAUUCCAGUGUUUGCUAUCCGAUCUAUAAAGAAUGCACCGGGUCACACUUUUAAAGAGAAAUUCAUUUUCUCCUUGAGACCAAAUUCAAGUUGGAUGCCAGCAGAAAUGUCGUUACAAGAAAGUUACACUAAUAAAGAAUACCACGAAGGCACUAUUAUGGAGCGAAUGAAACUAAAUGUAUUUGGGGACUAGUGAAACUAAUAUACCCGUACAACUGACUAACUAUUGUAUAUUGAGCAUGUAUCUUUUUCUUUUAUAAGCUAUUCAUCAAAAUUUGUUUAUUAUAUUUGCUUUACUAAAACACUCCUAAUGCUAGUCGACAAAAGAAGCGAUAAGAGGCAAAAUUAUAUGACUUCUGUUUCUAUAUAUAUAUUGAAAUUGAAUACACAAUACUAAACUAAAACAUUAACAAUAAAGAGGAACCAAUGCAGCUUUGGUACUUACACGAUAAUAUGUAUGAAUAUGUAUGAAUAUGGAUUGAGUGAAAUAUAUAAUAUCAUAAUUGUUGACAUUGUAAAAGAUGAGAUCAUAAGGUUAUUGGAGUUUUGUAUAAAAUCAGUAUGUUUCUUUGCCAUAAUAAAUUCUUCGGAUCCUAACGGACCAACCACUAUUUUCAAAUUCUUUAAUAGCUGUAUAUGUCAAAGGAAUAUGCCAAUAUAUACUCUUUAUUAUAUGAUGCUAGAGGAGACGAGUUAAAUAAAAAACUAAUAUUGA